AUGCCGGCACACUUUAUCCAUCCGUCGCCCGAAGUGGUGUUCAUGCGAAAACCUCAACGCGGUCAACUGCGAUCGUUGUGCGGCCACAGGAAAAUGUCGAUCGCCGCGAGCAAACAAGUGAUAGUGUACGCGAAACCGGAUGACGGAGACAGCACUACGGACGCCGACGACGAACCGGCGAUACCCGGAACCGACCGGAACCGCAAAGGCCGUCCCAAAGGGUCGAAGAACAAGUCACUGUUUAACUCGUUCAAUCACCAGUGCGAGAAGAGAUCAUUUGCGUACUCUAUGCGUCCCGGUCCGGCUGCGAGAUGCGUGCCGUGUGGCCGGACGUACGACGGCCACCCGUUGGCCCACAGUCUGGAACACCAUCAGACCGUUUGUCCCGUGUGCGGCCGUUCAUUUAAGUUGUCGUUGGCCGAGCACAUCAAAUCGCACGGGACGCGCUAUCAGGUGAACAUCAUGACGGUCACGUGCUACGAGUGUUACGAUUGUCGCGAAAAGUUCGGCAACGCCCGGAUCAUGGCGGAACACGUGCUGGACGAACACGUCGCUUACAGCAAUGACGGCGGAGGAGACGGUGGACGUCGUGACGGACGAUGCGCGUUGUGCGACUCGGCGGACAUUGCGGACAGUGAGGACGGACUCCGCGACCACGUGUCCGCCGUCCACGCGGCUGACGUGAGCGAUUUCCCGCAUUUGUGCGCGUACUGCGAUCAGCCGCAGCCGGAUCAGGCCAGCCUGGUAGAACAUCUGGUCGGCAAACACUCGCGAAAAACGGCGGAGGUCGUGGUCAACGGCCUCGGGUGCGUAUCGUGCGACCUGUGGUUCGGUGACCGGUCCGCGGUGGCCGACCAUCUGGUCGACGUGCACUGCCCGGUGAAGACGUUCAGCCAUCCCGCGGUGUACCGGUGCCGGGUGUGCAAGGCGGGGUUCAAAACGCAGAUAAACGUGCUGCGGCACGCGUGCAACGGCAUCAAAGUACCGCAUUGCGAGCUAUGCGACAAGACGUUCCCGUCGAAGAUGAGGUACGCGUUCCACUUGCAGUUCCACGAGCACCCGCUGUACGCGCGGAUGCACCUGCACUGCGACCUGUGUCUGGCCGAGUUCGCGGACGAGUAUCACCUGUACGAUCACAUCCGAUUCCGGCACGAGCUGCACGACAAGGCGGUGUGCGAGAUCUGCGGCCGGACGUUCAAGUCGUCCAUGGGCCUGAACAUACACCACCGGUACCACGACGGGCUGCGCAACUUCACGUGCAAGGUGUGCGACAAGUCGUUCCUGAACAAGUCCACGCUCAAGGAGCACGAGAUAUCGCACAUGGACGUCAAGCCGUACCAGUGCCACAUAUGCGGCCAGUAUCUGAGCCGCGCGUCCCGGCUCAGGUCGCACGUCAAGACCCACCGAGCGGCCGAGUCGACCGAGCAGACGUGCUACUGCUGCGGCACGUGCGGGUUCGUAGCCCCCGGGCCCGGGCUGCUCGCCCGGCACGCGGACAAGGAGCACGAGGACGGGGACCGGGCCGGCGACGCGGUAGUGCAGUUGGCGUUGGUGGUCAAGUGCGAGUUCUGCGACUCGACGUACGCGGACGCGGCGCGCCUGGACGAGCACCGGGGUGCGGCGCACGCGAACGCGGCGGACGACUCGGAAGCGUUCGUGUGCAUGGUGUGCUCGUCCGCGUUCAGCACCUACUCGCGCCUGACCACGCACAAGCUGACGCACGGCAUCAACGUCGAGUCCGUGAUGGCCGACAUCGGCCGCGAGUCCGAGAGCGCCGACGACGAUUGCAGCCGGUUCCACAUACCACAGUACUUCUCGUGCCAGCACUGCGCCAAGAUGUGCCUGCAUUACACGUACUUCUGCCUGCACAGGCGGCUCAAGCACGCGCCCGGCGUGAAGACGCACACGUGCGACCUGUGCUACAUGGACUUCAAAACGUCGUGGAAACUGACGUACCACAAGAAGACGGUGCACGGGCAGCUGGCCACCGUCAAGUCUAAUUACAAGUACCAGUGCACCGUGUGCUCGCGCAGGUUCAUGAAGCUGGGCGCGCUGAACCUGCACAAGACACGUACGCACAUCGACGUGGUGGGCGACGUGUGCAAGUACCUGUGCCACCGGUGCGGCAAGUUCUUCAGCUCCGAAGAAUCGCUGAAGACGCACGACCGUGACGACGCGUCGUGCGAAUACCGUUGCAACGACCCGGCGGCCGUGCGGCGGCACCAGCGCAGGACGUACAAGAUGUCGUCGGCAACUACCGUUAACCAACCACCGGCGCCCUCGUCGCCGGCGUCGAAGGAACCACAGGCUUGUUGCAGCAGUAACAGCAGCAGCAGCAUCAACGGCGUCCGGACCGAAAACGAUGCGGCCUCGCCCGACGAUCCUGCGCCGCUGCACCCGCCGUCCACCAUCGACGUUUUGUGCGUGCUGUGCCACGAGCGCUUCCUGGAUUCCGAGCUGUUCCGGCAACAUCUGCGUGAACACGUUACUUCGUACGGUGCGUUUCUGUGCGAAUCGUGCCUCGUCCCGUUCCUGUCGUCCGCCGCGUUCAAUGUUCACAUGACCACUAUGUGCCCGACUGCGCUCGUUCCGCCUGACGUGCGAUUCUUCGACGUCCCCAAAAAAGAGCCUCCCGAUGAACAGAAACCACUAGUCGUCGACUGCUCCGCGAUAUUCAAAACCACGCCGCCCGAACAAAGUGCCGAAAACGUGUUGCCCGGCAUCGACGAACGAAAGGUUUCACAGACGUCCUCGGUCAAUGAACUCUUCACGUUCGUUUCCACCUCACGCACCACAGUCGUGUUGGAUCAAAUGGAUUCCUUACGGACGACGUAA